AUGGCGUGCCCCUACUCUUCUCGCAAAGGUUACAGUACGCUUGAUACACAACAUGAAUACCUAAAGUUGGUGGACAAUCCUUCAGAGAUUGACCUAUCACUGGAUGCUAAUAUGGAUCAGACCACAUCCCUUUACUUCUGGCAAUUGUAUAGUAUAUGGGGAAAAGACCCAAUUUUGGAUAUCUGCGAGGCAUUCUACAAGUCUAUCUAUUCUGUGUCGGAAGAAAAGGGCGAUGAGAUUGGCGAUGUGGAACUGAAACAAGCCUUUGAACGAUUGGACACUAUGCGGCACCACAUCAACGUCCAAGCAGCCUACUGGAUUGAUGCCAUGGGAGGCGGGCGGGCCUAUCAUGGUGGUCUUUUUCGGCUCAGGUAUCAUCACACUGGCCGAGCUGGUCCCAAAGUCAUGACUGCCGAUAAUGCCAGGCGAUGGAUGCGUCACAUGCAUGGAGCGAUCUGCCAGAAUCACAAGCACUUUGAACAAGACCAUCGAAUAUUGCCUUGCGUCAUCUCCUUUUUGGAAACCAAGAUGAAGUCCUAUGCUGACCUACACGAGUUUGAAUUCGACGCCAGCGACUUUGAUUUGGAGAAAUUCCAACAGGCACCCCAUCAAUAG